AUGGAGGCGCAAGUUAAAGGCGUGACGCUGUAUAAGAAACCGUUCGAAUUUGAUCCCACAUUGCCUCAUUCGACGUCGCUGGGUGUCCAGCAAAUCCCGGACGCUACACCCAUAGACCCAUUUGAGGUAACGACACCCGUCACAGAAACCAAAACGUCGCACACUGCAGAGGACUCCAAGGACACUAAAGUGGCCUAUCGCGAACAAGGAAGCCACCUAGAUCACGACAAGGAGCACAACUACACUCUUUCGUCGGCGACGGUAAAUCCAAGCAUGGGCUCCAGAUCAAGCUUGCAUGGUUUCAAGGCACCCUCACCGGCCCGAAAAUCAGUUUCGGGGAAGUCUGUAACGCCCAGCAACGCGAGUGUGGCCAGGCCCAUUAUGCCAGCUCAUACAUCGUCUUCGUCUUCGGCCUCCUCUCUACUGUCAGUCUCUCCAUCCUCGUCGCUCCGAGCCAAGCCCAGACGGCUUUCUUCGGAGGAAAUCAUCAACGAGAUGGAGAAGGAACAGGAUGCCAUCGUGGUGCGGCUGUUACGCGAGAUUGAUCAGCUCAAAGACGAAAAUAAUCGGUUGCGCAAGAACCUUACUGCUGUGCUCAACGGAGACCCCCAAACUCCGGCCCCUGUAACCACCGGUUCUGUGCUUCCAUCGCAAGUCUCUCGCAGGCCCUCCCUCAAUAGCAACGUUAGUGACGGCAGCUUCCAUGGAGGUGUCCUCGGCAGUGCCCAUAAUGCCCCGAACAUCAACGUCACAAGCAAUGCCAGCAGCAACUCGACCAGUGUGUUGGCCCUUACUCCCAACUGUACAAGUCCAGUGCCUUCGAGAAGACCGUCUUCUUCGGCGGUACCGAUCGACACCCUGACUCCCACACUGUUGCUGCAAAGAAAGCGCAAUUCGGUCCCUUCGCCCGUCCCAUUCACUCCCAAAAUGAACGACGAAUUUCCACACUUGUAUAGCCCACUGCCUGCCCCAAGUUUGGCAAACGCGGAUUUUAAGCCGGAUGCUCCAGAAGCGGGUGGGUAUCGAAGGCGACGUUUGUCGAUGAAAUCAUCUGGUAGUGCAAACAAGAUUCCGCGAUCUACAAAGUAA